AUGGCCUUUGUUGCCACAGAGCAUUUAACGGGAAUCUCCGCUCCACAGUGUGGCCCAGGCAACAACGACUGCAAUUCCACUCCAGUCCUCACGCUGUUGCCGCGGCAGCACUACCAGCCGGAUCUACCGUCGCCCCAUGCCUUGUGCAUCAGGAUGACUCUGGCUGCUGAUCGUCGCCAGACACAAACCGCAUUCGAGUUGAACAUUGAUAUUCGCGCUGUCAUCCGAGCACUGUUUCGCACCGCGACUUCGCAACCUCUCUCUCUUCUCCCUCCUAUCGUUAUCCGCUUCCCUUCGUUCGCCUUCGAAGAUGCCUGGAUUUUUGCCUUAUGCGUUGCCGCGGUCCGCUCUGGGGCCAGUUUCGUGCACUGUGCCCCGGCAGCGAGUGCAAGUGCGGCCCCCGCAGCGGCCACGGCAGCAGCCCAGGUCGUGUGUCCCGAUGGGACGCGUGUCGGCCAUGCGGAAUGCUGCCCUUUCGUUCCACUCGCCCAAGAUUUACAGAAGAAUCUCUUCGAGAACGAGUGCGGCGAGGAUGCGCACGAGGUCUUCCGCUUGACCUUCCAUGACGCUAUUACGAUUAGCCAGAAGUCGCCCUCCGCUGGCGGGGGUGCCGACGGGAGCUUUCUGUUAUUCCCGGACCAGGAGCCCAACUUCCCCGGCAACGAGGGCACCGAUGACAGUGUGCAGGCACUGCUGCCGUUCCUCCAGCGGCACAACGUCACUGCGGGUGAUCUCAUCCAGUUCGCCGGCGCCGUUGCAAUUGGGAACUGUCCAGGUGCGCCGAGACUCGAGUUCCUCGCCGGCCGGCCGAACGCCAAGCGGCUCCCGGCCCGUAACUUGAUCCCGCUGCCCUCCGACUCUGUGGACCGCAUCCUCUCGCGCUUCGCCGACGCAGGCAACUUUUCGCCGUUCGAGGUUGUGUCGCUGCUCGCCUCGCACUCCAUCGCCCGUGCGGACCAUGUCGAUCCGAAGAUCCAGGCCGCGCCGUUCGACAGCACGCCCUUUACAUUCGACACGCAGGUCUACCUCGAGGUGCUCCUGCACGGCACCGGCUUCCCCGGCUCGAAGAACAACUCGGGCGAGGUCAAGAGCCCGCUGCCGCUCGGCAAUCUCGCGAUCAACGGCGGCAAGGGCAACGACACCGGCGAGAUGCGGCUCCAGAGCGACUUUGCGAUCUCGAGAGACCCGCGCACGGCGUGCUUCUGGCAGGGCUUCGUCAACCAACAGACGUUCAUGGCAAACAGCUUCAAGGCGGCGAUGUCCAAGCUGGCGGUCCUGGGCAACGACCGCGCGAAGCUGGUCGAUUGCUCUGAUGUCGUGCCCAAGCCGGUGACUACGCGCGUCAAGCCCGCGAGCUUCCCUGCUACCAAAUCUUCCAAAGACCUCGAACUGGUUUGUGCCAGCCCCUUCCCUUCCCUGUCCAUCGAUGCUGGUCCGAGGGAGACGCUCAUUCCCCAUUGCCCUGACGGCAGCCAGAACUGUCCCUAA